AUGUUGAUUAUUGCGAACGUUUGCGACAGCUCUAUUCUAACGACGCCCUGCAGAUCCCGCACAGCCGAGCGCUCCGCUGCGUACGAUGCGCGUGACGACUCCGUCGACGACGACUAUGAUCACGACGACGAUGCUGGCCAGCUCGGUACCCCAAGUGAGAAAUACUCCUUCUCAUCCUACAUUCAUCCCAGAUCACUACAACGGGAAGACGGUGCUGACAUUUCGACUGCUCCAGGUGAUAACCACCGUCGUGAUGCUGAGUUGAUGCCGCCACCUACGUCCGCUCGCAAGCGUCGCGUCCCAUCGCCUGCUGCUGUUCCAGCCUCGAAGCGCGCUGCGCGUGCGCGGGGUCCCUUCGAGAACGCUGACUACGAAGAUGAGGACGGCGCUGCUGAGAUAGCAGAUCGCAGAUACACUCCAUCCAUCGAGGAAGAAGAAGACGAAGACGAUAAUUACAAUCCCCGUCGCGGCCGCACGUCCGAAUCUCCCCUCUUCACUCCUUCCGCUAAAGCAUCGUCCCGCCGCCACCUCAACGCGCCCAGGACCAGCAGCCCCUUGAACCCGCGCUCCAGCCUCACCAAGAACGCUUCAUCCUCCAAGCCCACCGCCAAAGGCCUCGCUCCCGCCUUUCUUGACGAGACCACCGACGACGGCGCCCCCAUCUACCAAACCGAAGCCCACCGCCUGAAAGCCGAGCUCGCGCGCGAAGGUCUGAUCAGCGCCGCCUCCAAAAACGGCGUCUACACACGGAAGCAGCUCCCUGAGCACGACCCGGAAAACUGGAAGAUCAAGGAGAUGCGCCAGCACGACCACAUGAGCUGGGCCGAGAUCGCGCGGGCCCUGAAUGAGGCACGCAUCGCGAGCGGCAAGACGCCCAGCAUGACUGAGGCGGCGGUGUAUGGCCGCUUCGUGCGCAAUGGGCCGCGUAUUGCGAUUGCGCAGGGCGAGGCCGACUUCAAUCCCAGCGACUUUAUGCAUUUAAAGCCGGCGAAGGAGACGCAGCCGGUAGUGCCGCCGAUGAUCACGUUUCCGGCCCAGCAUGAUGAGUACCUCGUCCAGGCUUAUAGGGAGGUGCAGGAGGAGCUGUGGGCGAAUGUUGCCAGGCGGCUGGAGCGGAAGUCGGGACAUAAGUAUUCGGCUGAGGCUUGUGCUCUGAGGUUCAGUCAGCUCUGA